UUUUUUUCCCCCCCUUUGCCUCACUUGGUCACGAUGGCGUCCGUGCCCGACACAAAGCUGUACGAUAUCCUCGGGGUGGCGCCGGGAGCCACCGAGAACGAGCUGAAGAAGGCAUAUCGCAAGUUAGCUAAAGAAUAUCAUCCAGAUAAAAACCCGAAUGCUGGAGACAAGUUUAAAGAAAUAAGCUUUGCAUAUGAAGUGUUAACGAAUCCAGAGAAACGGGAACUUUAUGAUCGUUAUGGCGAACAAGGAUUGCGAGAGGGUGGUGGCAGUGGAGCAGGAAUGGAUGACAUCUUCUCUCACAUUUUUGGUGGGGGACUUUUUGGGUUCAUGGGUGGUCAUAGUAGAAACCGCAACAGUAGGCGAAGAGGAGAAGACAUGAUGCAUCCCCUAAAAGUAUCUUUAGAAGACCUCUAUAAUGGAAAGACAACCAAGCUACAGCUCAGCAAAAAUGUUUUGUGCAGUUUGUGUAACGGUCAGGGUGGCAAGGCAGGAGCCGUUCAGAAGUGCAGCGCUUGCAGAGGACGAGGUGUAAGGAUUAUGAUUAGACAAUUGGCACCAGGAAUGGUUCAGCAGAUGCAGUCUGUCUGUUCUGAUUGUAAUGGCGAAGGUGAAGUUAUUAAUGAGAAGGAUCGUUGUAAAAAAUGUGAGGGGAAGAAGGUGAUAAAGGAAGUAAAGAUCCUAGAAGUUCACAUAGAUAAAGGCAUGAAGCAUGGACAGCGCAUUACCUUCAGUGGAGAAGCUGAUCAGUCUCCUGGUGUAGAACCUGGUGAUAUAAUCCUUAUACUACAAGAGAAGGAAAAUGAGGGGUUCCAAAGAGAGGGAAAUGAUUUGCACAUGACUCACAAGAUUGGCCUUGUCGAGGCACUCUGUGGCUUUCAAUUCACAUUCAAACAUUUGGAUGCACGGCAGAUUGUUGUGAAGUAUCCACCAGGAAAAGUUAUUGAACCAGGGAGUGUGCGUGUCAUUAAAGGCGAAGGAAUGCCACAGUAUCGUAAUCCAUUUGAAAAGGGUGACCUGUACAUCAAGUUUGAUGUUCAGUUCCCUUCGAACAAUUGGAUUAGCCCUGAAAAAAUAGCUCAACUUGAAGACCUACUUCCAGCCAGGCCAGAGGUUCCUGAGGUAAUUGGUGAAACUGAAGAAGUUGACUUGCAGGAUUUUGACAGCACUCGUGGCACUCCAGGAGGGCAACGACGAGAAGCUUACAAUGAUAGCUCUGAUGACGAAGGUGGCCACCAGAGUGGGCCUGGUGUACAAUGUGCCCAUCAGUAAACCUCGCUGAAACACUUGCAAACCAUGUUCUGUUCAGUUUGGGUAUCACCUGGUUUUGUUAGGAGGCAAACUGGACUUUUGUGACAAACCAAUCCAGAGAAACUCUGAUGGACAUCUCUGCUGUAUAUGUAACUUAAUUGGUUAUAGUAUUUACAGAGUGUAUAAUUUAAAGUAAACUAACCAUGGCACAGAUUGUGGUGCUCAGUUCUUUGACACCUAUGCAGGGGAAUAGCUAGUGAGAAUUAAUCUGGUAUCACAGGUUUUAUCUGUCCUUGUAUCUCUGCUUUUUUAAAAAAAAAAGUUGCUGUAGAUCAUCUUUUUCCUCCCUGUCACCUUUUUAAAAAAAAUCCUGACAUUGUAAAGCCUUUAUUUGUGUACAAUUAAUGUUUGGGCUGAAGUCACAUGGACUGCUAAUAUAAGUAGAAAUCUAGUAAUGCUUGUAUCUCCCAACAGCUGCAUGUUGUUCCCAUUGGAGCUGCAUUCUAAAUAGCUUUUUUUUAAAAAAGCAAGACUGGAUAACAUGGUUCUGAUAUUUCUUGAAUCUUGAAGGUUCUAAGUAAUAAAAUUCAAAUACAUUGCAACUAUUUGCACUCAACGUGCUUUGAGCGGACUCAAAUUUGGUUCACCCAGGCUUGGACAGGUUUAUUUUCCUGAAUGCCUUAACCUCUGGCAAAAAAAAACCUGUGAACCAUCCAUAUUGUAACAAUCGUUAAGCAAAUUUGUUUUAGUAUUCAAACUGUAACUAGCCUUAUUUCUGAAGUCCAAAAUCCAGUGGUAUGUUAAUGUUUGCGUUCAGCAAUUAAAGGUUUUUGAAAAAUGGUCAA